AAUAAUCAAGCCAUCAUGUAUAAUAAUAACUCUGGCGGUGGUCGUGGCGGCUAUAGGAACAAUGGUAAUGGCCAUGGUGGUGGACAUGGAGGAGGACACGGUGGUGGUCAGGGUGGACAAGGUGGCUACGGAGGUGGAUACAAUGGGAACAAUAAUAAUAAUAAUAAUCAGAAUGUAGACAACCAACUAGCCUCUCAACAAGACCGUAAGACAGCACAUCGUCGUACCGUGGACCAUGGGAAUAACAUGGGCCGGUGGUACCUCCAAAGAAGCAUUGGAUUGGAUGCCCAGAGCAUCGGGAAAAUCCGCCCUGAAUCGUCUUACCUUAUCGAUCUCAUGCCCUCUCCAGCGUACGCAAACUCAUCAAGACAUAACUUAGGUGUCAUGGAUACACAGACCAAGUUUGUACAUCUCUCGUCCAAUAAGGCAAAGCACCUGAUCAAUACUGUGAAAUGGACCCCAGAGGGUCGUAGACUUCUUGUUGCCUCACACAGUGGAGAAUUCACCGUGUGGAACGGAAUGACCUUCAACUUCGAAACCAUUAUGCAAGCACAUGACCUGGCUAUUCUCUCGUUGAAGUACUCCCACAAUGACGAGUGGUUAUUGAGUGGAGACCAAGAUGGGGUCAUCAAGUAUUGGCAACCAAACUUUAACAACGUUAAUAUCUUGACCGCCCAUACUGAUGGGGUCAGAGAUAUUGCCUUUUCUCCAAAUGAUACCAAGUUCUUAACGUGUUCUGAUGAUUCGACCAUGAAAAUUUGGAACUUUAACAAUGGUCAAGAGGAAAGAACUUUGACAGGUCACCAUUGGGAUGUUAAAUCCGCCGAUUGGCAUCCUUCUUUGGGACUUAUUGUGUCUGGGUCAAAGGAUAACUUAAUCAAGUUGUGGGAUCCAAGAGCGCCACUGUGUAUCAACACCCUACAUGGCUUCAAGCAUACAGUAACCAAAACAAGGUUCCAGCCAAAUGGGACCCGUAGACUUCUUGCAUCAGUGUCUCGUGACCGGUCAUGUCGAAUAUUCGAUCUUCGUACAAUGAAGGAUUUCCUUGUUAUAAGAGACCACGAGACAGACCUUUCAUGUGUUGAAUGGCAUCCAAUCCACCCAUCCAUGCUUACCACUGCAGCCUACGAUGGGUCAAUGAACCACUAUCUUCUCAACUCAUAUGUUUCUGGAGACGGGAAAACUGAAAGCAACAAUAACACAUCACCAUCCAUUGAGGCCACCCACAAGAUUCCAUAUGCCCAUGAGCGUGCUAUCCAUGCCUUGGAGUACCACCCGUUGGGUCAUUUGUUAUGUUCUGCUGGUGCCGAUAGGCUGGCCCGGUUCUGGUCUCGGUCGAGACCACAAGACCCUAUGGCGUUCAAGGACGCGUUGUAUACCAACGAGAAGGUUGGUGCAUGGUACUAUGGAGUCAAUAACAACGUGAAUGCUGUGAUAGAAAACCCUGACGCUGCCGCAGCAAAGGACCAGGGAGGUGUACCUGCAUUCUCGCUUCCUGGUAUCAACGGAGACUGGUCAAUUCCGGGAAUUGCCAGUUAGUAAAUAUACAUCUAAUACAUAUUAUAUAUUUCAAUUGAAUGGCAUAGAAGCUUAUACUAUAUGUGGAUCCUUACUAGAAACAUUUACAUUACCUACAGGUAUUUUCAACGUCUACUUCUCUUAUAAUACCUUCUACGAUAGGUUCAUAAAACCCUUAGUGCUAACUUAAAUUUCUAUUUUAUUUCCGACUAUAUCCAUAGUCCCCUA